UUAAAAGUAGAAAAAAAAAAACUUGUUUUCAAAACCAACGACACAAUGUCUCUGAAAGGGAAGUUGGAGGCUGAUGUAGAAAUCAGUGCUUCAGCUUCAAAGUUCCAUGAAAUGUUCCACAAGAAACCACACCAUAUUUCCAAUGCUUCUGUUGACAAAAUACAAGAUUGUCAGCUACACGAUGGUGAUUGGGGCAAAGUUGGUUCUAUUAUCUGUUGGAACUACUUUCAUGCGGGGAAACCUGAAGUGGCAAAGCAGGUGAUUGAAGCAGUGGAUGAGGAGAAGAAUUUGAUCACUUUCAAGAUGAUAGAAGGAGACAUUAUGGAUCAUUAUAAGAACUUCAAGUUCACAAUGCAAGCAACUCCAAAGGGUAAGGGAAGUGUGGUUCACUGGACUUUGGAAUAUGAAAAACUCCAUGAAAACAUUCCAGAUUCAUAUUCCUUGCUUGAGCUUGUUAUGGGCAUGUCCAGAGACAUUGAUGCUCACCUCAUCAAGGGCAAUUAGAAACCAUGACCAACAAGAUUUCUACUCUAUGCUAAAUAAAAUUGCUUGUAUCAAUUCUCUUUGUGCAUGUUAUGUAUUCAUGCCUUAGGGAAUUGUAAAGUAUACUAUA